AUGGUGUCUGCUUCCAAAGCCGCUCGUCUCGCCAAGCGUGCCGCCGAGGGCGAUAAGAAGAAGACCACCAAGUCGAAGAAGGACGUCAAGGGUGACGAGAGCCCUUUGGUUGACGCCGAUGGCGAGCCUCUCCCUACCGAAGAUCAGCCCGCUACCACCGAGGAGAAGAUGAAGGAAGUCGAGAAGCUCACCGCACAGAUGGAUAAGCACGGUCUGUCCGACCGUGUCACCACCGGUGUUCUGUCCUCGAUGGCUUCCUCUCGCGACGUCAAGAUCACCUCCGCUUCCCUCGUCUUUCACGGCAAGGUCCUCAUCACCGACUCCACCCUUGAACUCAACUUCGGUCGUCGUUAUGGUCUGCUCGGUGAGAACGGAUGUGGAAAGUCCACUCUGCUCAAGGCUAUCGCCACUCGCGAGUACCCCAUCCCCGAGCACAUCGAUAUCUACCUUCUGAAUGAGGGUGCUCCUCCCAGCGACCUUGGUGCUUUGGAAUGGGUCGUUACUGAGGCGCAGAACCAACUGGACCGCAUGGAGAAGCAGGCUGAGGAGAUUCUGGAAAAGGAUGGUCCCGAGAGCCCUAUCCUGGAAGAUCUGUACGACCGUAUGGACAAAAUGGAUCCUUCGACCUUCCACACUCGUGCCUCCCUGAUUUUGACCGGUCUGGGCUUCAACAAGCAGACCAUCCACAAGAAGACCAAGGACAUGUCCGGUGGUUGGCGUAUGCGUGUGGCCCUUGCCAAGGCCCUGUUCGUCAAGCCUUCUCUUCUGUUGCUGGACGACCCCACCGCUCACUUGGAUCUCGAGGCCUGUGUGUGGCUGGAAGAGUACCUGAAGAAGUGGGAGCGCACUUUGGUGCUUGUUUCUCACUCUCAGGAUUUCUUGAACGGUGUCUGCACCAACAUGAUCGACAUGCGCAUGAAGCAGCUCCUCUACUACGGUGGUAACUACGAUUCGUACCACAAGACUCGCAGCGAACAGGAGACCAACCAGAUGAAGGCCUACCACAAGCAGCAGGAGGAAAUCGCCCACAUCAAGAAGUUCAUUGCUUCCGCCGGUACCUACGCCAACUUGGUCAGACAGGCCAAGUCUCGUCAGAAGAUUCUGGACAAGAUGGAGGCUGAAGGCUUCAUUCAACCCGUUAUCCCUGACAGAGUCUUCUCCUUCCGUUUUGCUGAUGUCGAGAAGCUUCCUCCUCCCGUCCUGUCCUUCGAUGAUGUUUCGUUCUCUUACUCUGGCAACUGGGACGACACUCUGUACGAGCACCUUGACCUUGGUGUUGACAUGGACUCGCGAACUGCACUGGUCGGCCCCAAUGGUGUCGGCAAGUCUACUCUCCUCCGCCUCAUGACCGGAAAGCUCCAGCCCAUUGCCGGUCGUGUCAGCCGUCACACUCACUUGAAGCUCGGCAUGUACAGUCAGCACUCUGCUGAACAGCUCGACUUGACCAAGUCCGCACUCGACUUCGUUCGCGACAAGUUCCCCGAGAAGAGUCAGGACUACCAGUACUGGCGUCAGCAGCUCGGUCGCUAUGGUCUGAGCGGUGAAUCCCAGACUGCCCUCAUGGGUACUCUGUCCGAAGGUCAGAAGAGUCGUAUCGUCUUCGCUCUGCUGGCCAUCGAAAGCCCGAACAUGAUUCUGCUGGACGAACCUACCAACGGUCUCGAUAUCCCCACCAUCGACAGUUUGGCGGAUGCCAUCAACGCCUUCAGCGGUGGUGUCGUCGUCGUGUCCCACGACUUCCGUCUCCUCGACAAGAUCGCCAAGGACAUCAUGGUGUGCGAGAACAAGACCAUCCGCCGCUGGGACGGCACUAUUGGCGAGUACAAGGACCACCUGCGCAGGAAGAUGGUCUCCGAGGGUGCUGUUUAA